AUAUUUUGUCGAAUUUAUUCUGACGUGCCAAAUGGUGCAAUACCAUCCAGAGGUGGUAGGCGGCAUAGUGACCCGUCCGUAUAUAUACCGAUAACACUGUUAGAUCAACAUUGUCUAGUGCCUUCACCGACAAACAAACACAAACAUGAAAACCAUUGUCUUCCUCGGUUUCCUGGCGGUCGCCCUUGCUGCGCCUCAAGCCCCCAAUGAACCCAUCCCCAUCGUGAAGCAAGUGAGCGAAAUCAACCCCGACGGCUCCUACUCAUGGGCGUAUGAAACCGGCAACGGUAUUAACGCUAACGAGAAUGGAGCCCUGAAGAACAUCGGCGCUGAGGAGCCCGCCCUCCAGGUGGAAGGCCAGUUCUCCUACCCCAGCGAGGAAGGUGGCAACAUCCAGCUCUCCUACAUCGCCAACGAAAAUGGAUUCCAGCCCCAAGGUGCCCACCUCCCCACCCCUCCUCCGAUCCCAGAGGCCAUCCAGCGCGCCCUCGCCUACCUCGCCACCGCUCCCCCACAGGCUGAGAAGUAAUUCAUGUUUGGAAAAUAGGUUAAGCACUAUUCAAUGUAAUUUAAAUUAUCAAGUAUCCCUUAAUAAUGUAAUAGACUAGUUCUAUUGCUUUAUUAAAGUUUACUUACACGCCUAUUAGAAAUUCUAUUUUAUAUCUUUGUAUUUUGUACAUAAACUGCUCUUAUGUAAAUAUAAAAUUUAAAAGUUA